AUGUCUUGGGACUUAGAUUAUGUUAGUAACAUAUGGGGUGUUACAGAAGCAAAUUAUCUGGAUCAUCAGUUGACAGGUUUCCUAGCCCAAGGGCAAGGGAACCACAAUCAAAACUACUAUAAUAGAUAUAGAGACCAUAGUAAGGAGAGAGAUAGUUACUGGAGAAAGAAGGAUGACUAUAGGGAGAAGGGAGAUCGGUACAUUCCACCCGACAGAAGAGAUGCAACAUCAAGAAUGGAAGAGAUGCUGACUAAGCUGGAGUGGUAUCACUACAAGGAUCCCCCACUACCUUCUGUGGAAGCACCAAGGCAUGACAAGGCUUCUAUUAAUGAGACACAUAUUAUGGGGUCAGAAAAGGCAAUAGGUGGUGAUGAUGUAGUUGCAAGGAAAGAGGUGUUGGAGCAGAUGCCUGGAUAUGUCAGAUCUUUAUGUGACUUAGGAUCCAACAUAAAUUUGAUCCCGUUGGCUACAUUCAAGCAAUUGGGUUUGAACCCUCCUGAAUUAACUUCAAUGCAGUUGUUGAUGGCUGGCUACACAGUGAAGAAACUUGUGGGUAUUUUCUUUGAUGUGAUUGUGAGAGUUGAUAACUUUAUCUUUCCAGCUGACUUUGUCAUUAUGUACUGUGAGAUUGACACUGCGAUGCCCAUCAUAUUGGGUAGACCAUUUAUGGCCAUUGGUAGAGUGAUGGUUGACAUAGAGAAAGGAGAGCUGAAAUUUAGAGUCAACGGUGCGGAGGCCACAUUUAAUAUCCAAAAAUCAAUGAAGCAGCUAACUAAAAUGAUGGUGGUGUUACUGAUUGAUUGUUUUUAG